UUGCAUAAUGUAUGUUUAAUAAUAAUACUUACCGGCUCCGACACGAUUAGUAAUUAAAAAAACAAAAUUAUCUAUUUUCUUUUAAGAUGGACCCGUUUGAAAACUACACAGACGCUGAAUGGCAUGAAAUAAUAGGGCUUACAGAUGAAUUUGAAUUUUGGACACCGAGUCAAGUCCUGGCAAUUAGCGAAACUUUAGACAGGGCCGAGAUUGAAAAUCAAACAAGUAAUCAUAAUGAAAGAGCGGGGACUAAACACCAGCGGUCUGACGCCGACACAGAUGACGACACGGAGGACGAAAGGUGCGAAAGGGGUCAUCGCCAACUGGAUAGUCCUGUAUUAUUUUCGGAUGACGAUAGUGACAUUGACAUGGCACAGAUUUGUCAAGAGGGCCGUGGCGGCGAAGAUUUAGUAAGGCUGAUUUCGGUGGAACAACGGUUUUCAAGGAAAUUUAACAUACAUUCCGAAUUGCUACGUCUGGAAAUUAUAAACACGGAUGACCCUACUACUCCCGAUUGGCUAGAGAGACUAUUCACUCAGAUAUUAGCGACCGUUAGAGAAAAUUUCAAUGUACAACCAAACGAGAGGGUAAGAAUACAAUUAAAUCACCCUGAUUUGGACAAUCCAAUAUAUAUUGCGUUUAGGCCUUACAGUGAACUAACUUUGGAAUUAAUUUUGGAUGAAAUUGCGAAAGUUAUGCAGUCAAAAAAAACCCUCGUUAUAGACGAUCAAACCUCUAUAACCGUUACCUACGUUGCAUCUAAAGAAGGGGGUUUUUCAGCAAAUAAGGCGAUUUUGAACGAGGCCUUUAUGAGUGGAAAAAAACGGACAUUUAUAUCCCCCGUAGCCAACGCUGGUUAUCAAACUUGUUUUGGGCAAUCUAUAGUCCUGGGUAUGAACGAAAUUUCUUAUCAUAAGAAAAUUUCCCCAACAGCCGAAGAAACUAAACAUUACAAACGUGUAGCUGCCACCUAUGCGAAAAGGCCGCUGCAGAUUGACAUGGCUAUGGAAAUGUAUCAAGAAUUCAAUGUUAACCCGCUAGUAGCCGCAGGUCGACCUGAAUGGUGUAUAUUUCAAGAACACUUAAAAGCUGAAUAUCAAAUUCUCAUCUAUGAUGGACAGGCGGCCAACUGUAUCAUAUUCAGGGGUGACGCGGACCCCAAUGUGCCCGUUUUAAGGCUGUAUUUAAUGGAAAAACAUUUCUACUAUAUAAAGAAAAUCAACAGCUUAUUUAAUCGUUCAUACUAUUGUUCAGGGUGUGAAAAACCAUAUUCUAAUAAGAAUAACCAUGUGUGUAAAGCGCUAUGUCGAAGCUGCAGGCAAUUAGUGGCCUGCCCUCUGGAUAGGCCGCGAAUACAGUGUGAACUUUGUCACCGUUAUUUUAGAGGCAAAAAGUGUUUGGAGAGACAUAACCAAAAUGUUCCGUUAUACACAGUGUCGACGUGUAUGAAAUAUAGGGCGUGCUUAAAGUGUUAUACAACAAUAGACACCCACGAAGAGGAUGCGAUUAAUAAGCACACCUGUGACGUGCACAAAUGUCGUAAUUGUAUGCAACUGUGCAAGCCUAAUCAUAGAUGCUAUAUGAAACGGUUAUCAGAGGAGGUUGAAGGUGAGACUAUCAAAUAUUUUGUUUUUUAUGACUUUGAGACUAUUUUGGAUGAAAAUAAUAUACACGUUCCUAUAUUAUGCAUUGCUCAUCGCGUGUGUCCUUUAUGUUUGGAGAUAGAUAUUAACGCGCCGUGUGUCGGCUGUAACUUAAAAAACUCCCAGAGAGAGUGGAUUUUUUAUGGUAAAUAUUGCGUUGCAGAGUUUUGCCGUUGGAUAAUUCAGACCGAAAUAAAUGUCGACCUCGAAGGUAAAAAAACGACCGUUCUAACCCACAGGCAUUCCAGAUUCAUAGCCCAUAACAGUCAAGCUUUCGAUGCCCUAUUUGUAUUGAGAUAUUUCGUCACACAUACUAGAAUUCUACCGGAAAUCAUUGCAAACGGGUCUAAAAUCAUUUGUAUGACUAUACCCGGUAAUAUACGUUUUUUAGAUAGCCUAGCGUUUAUGCAUAUGAAACUUGCAGAUUUUAGCAAAACAUUUGAUUUACCUGUUGCGAAGGGUAUAUUUCCGUAUGCAUUCCUUAAACCCGAAAAUCUGGAAUAUAAAGGCGUAAUGCCCUCGAUAAGUUUUUACGAAACGUCAUCUAUGUCCCCUAGUGAUCGCGAUAAGGUCAUGAAAUGGUAUAAUGAGCGGGUGCUUCUAAACAAUCAUUUUGACGCUAAGUUUGAAUUGGUGCGAUACUGUAAAGCGGAUGUUGAUCUUCUACGGUUAGGCGCGGCUAGCUAUAGAAAGCUUUUCAUGGAAUUAACCAAAAUAUCGCCAUUUCAAAAGGCUAUUACGAUUGCAUCCUUGUGUAACCUCGUCUAUCGGCGAAAAUUCUUACCCCCCUUCACGAUAGCUAUAGAGCCCCAGGGUCAGUAUGUAUCCGCACGCAAAUAUUCAAAUUCAUGUAUACGGUACAUGCAAUAUCUUGAAUAUGUUGAAAAUCGUCAUAUACAACACGCCCGUAACGGUGGUGAAAAGGUCAUUUUCAAUAUGUCUGUAGAUGGUUGGUAUAUGGAAAAUAACAUCGAGGUGUGUAUCGAAUAUUUAGGCUGCGUUUUCCACGGGUGUCUCUGUAUCAAAAACAGAGAUCAACCCUCCCCAUACAAUAACAAAACCAUGGCCGCAUUGUACGAGGAGCACCUGGCCCGUUUGGAGAGGUUGAAGACUCCGACCAGACGUAUUCGAUGUAUAUGGGAAUGCGAAUACAAGCGUCUCACAAAUACCCCUAUGUUUUUAGCCUUUGAAGCGUGCACCCCCACCUUGACAGAACCCUUGCAAGUACGUGACGCCUUCUAUGGAGGGAGGACGAACUUAUUGAAAUUUUAUCACAAGGCCCGUGAAAACGAAAGAAUUCGUUACCUGGAUUUCACGUCGCUUUACCCUUUUGUGAAUAAGAGAAUGCUAUACCCGGUCGGACAUCCAAUGCUUAUUCUGCGUGACUUCGAUAUUUUGGAGAAUUAUGUAGGUUUCGUUAAAUGUCAAAUUCUACCACCCCGCUCCUUAUAUAUUCCAGUCCUACCGUUUAGGGCUAACGGUAAGCUACUGUUUCCACUGUGUUCUAAAUGCGCUUUGAACCGAAACAAAGAGCCGUGUACUCACAAUGACGACGAUAGGGCGCUGACGGGGACUUGGGUUAUAUUUGAAGUUAUCGCCGCAAUUAAAAAAGGUUACAGCCUGGUUAAAAUUUUCGAGGUGUGGAAUUUCCCACACACGCGCCGAUAUUGCAGCAACGAUGCUCAGCUUGAUCAGAAAGACUACGAUAUCCAUAUCCCCACAAUUAAAGACAAUUACGAGGAUAUACCUGAAAAGGAUAUAUUUGACCAACUACCCGAAAAAGACCUGUUCAGCGAAUAUAUCAAUAUGUUUCUCAAAAUUAAACAAGAGAGUUCAGGGUAUCCAAACACGCUUAAUCCUGCGUGUACCUCGUGUGAUAAUCUAGAUACGUGUUGUCAUAUCGAUUGGGGGGAUCUCGAACGAAAACGGGCGGCGUAUAUUAAAGCUUACGAACAACACGAAAACAUUACUCUCGAAGCAAAUAAAAUAUCUAAAAACCCCGGGCUACGAUAUGUAUCAAAGAUCUGCUUAAAUAGUUUAUGGGGAAAAUUCGCUGAACGAACAGAUACAAGGGUACACGCUGCCCUCGUGCACGACCCAACCGUCUUCUAUGAUUAUCUUUAUGACGGCACAAAGAUUGUCAAAAAUAUCGAAAUUCUCAAUGAAGAAAUGGUCUUGGUCCAAUAUACAGACCGCCAAGAUCUUGUCCCUGUCGCCCCUCACGUAAAUGUACCUAUAGGGGCUUUCACCGCCGCUUACGGACGUAUGAAACUGUACGAAUAUUUAGAUAAAUUGAACCAUCGGGUUCUGUAUUUUGAUACCGAUUCCAUCAUUUUCACAGAGACCGCCAAUGAUACCCCUGUAAAAACCGGGGUUUAUUUAGGUGAACUUACGGACGAAAUAGACCCUGACUGCCAUAUACUUGAAUACGUCGCUACCGCCCCCAAAUCCUACGCUUUGAAAAUAGAAAAUAAAAAAACACGUGAAAUCUCUUACACCAUAAAAUCUAAAGGUAUUACGUUUAACCAUGAUGUCAGUCAACGUAUCGAGUUUCGAACGUUUGUUGAAUUAGUACAUGACCACUGCCGUAAGGUCAAAGUCACAUACCCGAAAGCUUUCCACCGCAGUAAAGUGUUUGUGGUUUCUAUGAAAGAGAAGUCAAAAACCUUAUCAUUCAAUUACGAUAAACGCGUAGAAAUUAAGGAUUCUUACGAUACAAUGCCUUAUGGAUUUCGUCAAACAAAAUGAAUAAUGUUUUUUUUUUUGUAACUGUAAUCUCGUAUAUUGUAACACCAUUUG